AUGGCUGACAAUACGCCACUGUUGGGAUUAUAUCCCCUUUUCCAAGAUGGUGGCAGGGGGUGGAAGCCGAAUGGCCUGGACAUCAUCGCAGUGCCUGGCUUAGAUGGCCACCCCUUCGCCACUUGGACUGCCUCGGCUUCCGCCGAGAACAGCAUGGUCGGGCCCCUGUGGCUUCGAGAUUUUCUUCCCAGCGAGAAUCUUCCUGAUGCUCGCGUUUACAGCUACGGUUAUGAUGCAAAGUCCUGGCUCACAGAGUCAAAAGGCAGUGGUUUGCGGACAUUCUCACAUCUAUUGCUGCAGAGUCUCGUCUGGGCCCGAGAUGGCAGGUUGUCAAACAGACCGCUCGUGUUUGUCUGUCAUGGUGUAGGAGGAUUGGUAGUGAAGCAGGCACUUGUCACAGCUCACAUCAACCAAAAGGAGUAUCCUGGGGUUCACAGCUCCGUAAAAGGUGUCAUGUUUUUGGGUGUUCCCCACCGAGGAGCGGGAAGCCUAACCGUCCACCAGAUCAUGGCCGACAUGCUUGUCUUGGGGGGCCUAAAGGCGGCAUUACCCCCUGGUCCAGAUCUCCUCAAGAAACUUCAGGCCGAGCCAGGCGGCAUUGACAAACUUUCUACUGACUUCCGCAACCACAUCAAGUCCCACGUUGUACUAGUGUCAUGUUAUGAGGAGGUCAACAUGAACAAGAAUGGUUCGGAAAGAUGCCUGGUUCCCCGGGAAAGUGCCAUACUCGAUGUCCCCGGAGAGAAGAUAAUUCCCAUGAUCAGCUGUAAUCAUGUGACGAUGGUAAAGUUUUACACUCGCAACGAUCAUAAUUAUAAGAACGUUGCGUUCGCCAUAGCUGAGGCUGCAAAACUCACUGAGAGCCCAUCGAUUGCGAAGCCUGCACCGAGCAAGAAGGAGCUGGAUCCGGCGGCCAAGAAACAAACGCAGCAAGAUAGCAAGAAAGGAAUAAAACCGGGUGCCAAGCCAGAGGCAAACAGUACAGCAAAGAGGGAGCCGCCAGCUGUCGUGCCGAAGGUGCCAGACACAUCAAAGAAGACGAUGGAGCCGACGAUCAAGGAGGCUCAGUCAGAACCAAAGAAGAAAGAAGAAACAAUCGCUGGACUUCGAGAAUGUCUUGCAUCGCUAAAACAGGCCUGCCAGCAGGUGUCCCCCCAAAGCAAGCCAAAAGAACUCGACACACUUACCUCUCUUCCCUUCACCAUCGACAGGGUUUCGAAAAACGCCCAGUAUCGACAAUGGCUCAAUAGUUCAACAAACAGUCUUCUUGUAAUACAAGGCGAAACCGGAUCCGGGAAAACAACCCUUGCCAGGCAGAUCUCCAAGAACAUCACCGCUAGCCAACCAAAAACGCUAGUGCUUGGAUACUCCUUCAAGGAAACAUCUGCAGUGAACUUGGCAGGAGAGCAAUGGCGACUCUGCUUCUGGAGCUCCUUGGCUCAUCAGCUCAUGUCGCACAAACCAGAAUCCCUGAAGCGGCUCAUCCGGCGACACCACCGCCUUCGUAUAGCAUUAACACCAGGGUUUCUGCCCGUGUGGAAGCCCGACGAGCUCCUUGAAGCCAUAAGCAGGGAGGCGCUGCCUUGUGCCCUCAAAGACAGAAACGUGCUCAUUUUUGUGGAUGGUGUUGAUGUUUGUGAGAAACCAGAUGAGCUUCUGGACGAUCUCCAGAAGUGCCUGCUACAGAACUCAAGUCCCACGCCAACAUCGGGGGCCAAGCCUACCGAGACUAGUCGGCGGUUUUGCUCCAAGAUCUGCGUCACCAGCACACGGGAACUUGCUGCCAAGGAGAAAGGGCACAUGCAAUCCAUACAUAUGGGAGAGAACAAUGUCGAAGAUCUCGAAGCGUAUGUGUAUCGACAGCUUGAGCAAGUCUGUGCAUUAGACCAGAAAGGUGUGAUCUUGCAACGGGCUCAGCGCAGUUUUCUCUGGGCGAGGUUGCUAUGCGAGCAAGCUCAGCAGAGCAUACAGCAAAAGCCCUUGGAGUCAGCCAAACAGCCUAGAGAUCUGUAUCAACACAAUCUUGACGCACUAAGCCCAGCGCAAAAGUCCCGGGGCCUCAAUAUGAUCAAGUGGGCAACAUUUGCAUCAAGACCGUUGACGCUUCCCGAGUUGUUUGUUGCUGUCGAGAUGGACGGCAAGAUAGAUUCCGACAUGACCAACCUCUCGGGCAUCUUCAGCCCUCAGCAGGGUGGCGCCAGUCAACUCCUGGCCCGAGAGGCUGACAUGGAGGGCAUUGUCAAGCAUCUGUCUCGAGGCCUGCUUAGUGUUACCGCAGACGCAACAAGUGGCCGCAAGGUUGUAAGGCCAAUCCACAACUCUCUCGCACAGCUCGUCAUGCCACCAAAAGUCGCCGCCGAAAAGGUUGAAAAAGACACCGUCUCUCCCUCGCCGGAGUCUUUUGUGCAUCUCAGCAUGGUGAGCACAUGCCUGAGAUUCCUCAACAUUGCGAUGCGAGACCUACAGUGGCGGUCCAGGGGCUCUCAAGGUCCCUGCGCCACCAAGACGUCGGCAACUCGCCCCGAAUUAGCAUUCUCAGAAUAUGCCGAGUCUUUUUGGUUCCGACACGCCCACAUAGUCGAGGCUGGUGCCGGAACAUUGAACCCAUGCCUGAAAUGGUUCGGUUUUACGUCUAGUGAUGGAGACCGGUUUUUGGAAGACUUCAUAGAACUAGCACGGUCUCGUGCCCUCGGCCCAUUGGUCUCGUCCUUGUCUGGUCCACAACGGGAGCAGAAGACUAAAGAGAGCCAAGGAAAGCAAGCAGACCGAGCCUUUGAAGGAGCCGGUUGGCUGCACAUGUUUGCUCUGUACGGGCUCAGGACGCCGCUGCCUGCAGUGAGCAAGGCCAGACAGGUCCGCAAGGUCGAUUCUAGGGAUCAGACACCGCUUCACUAUGCCGCCCUGCAGAACCAUAGACCAGUGGUGAAGUCUCUGAUAGCCUAUGCACAGGACAGAGAUCAACUCGGGAAUACGCCAUUGCAUCUUGCUGCCAUGCAGGGUAAUGUCGACGCCCUGAAGGCAAUCUUGAAGUACAGCACGGUCAAGAAUCUGGCAAAUACGCCAAAUAGUGCAGGCUACAUGCCGCUGCAUCAUGCUGUUUACUACGAGCACAGGUCAGCCGCCAAAGCGCUCUUGGACGAGAAAGUUGGUGCCCAGGUCGAUGCUCGACUGCCCAACGGCAAGACGUCGUUGAUGCUCGCUGCUGAAGUUGGAUCGCACGCACUGGCUGCAGUCCUGCUUGAUGCCAAGUCUGGAGGUGCGGAUAUAAAUGCCGCAGAUGAGAGUGGCCAGACGGCCCUGAGCGCCGCGGUACUGAGUGAUAAUUAUAGCGUCGUUAAGCUUCUGGUGCUCAGAAAGACGUGUGCUGUCGACAAGGCGGAUCGCGACCGCCGAACACCUCUGAUGCACGCGGUGCGGUGCGGGAACCUCGCUGCUGCUAAGCUGCUGCUUGACAAGCGGACGCUUGAGGAGAAGGUGGCGGACGUCAACGCCGCAGACGGGAGGCAGCUUACAGCGCUCCUGCUUGCUGUGUCCUCGUUGAGAGUCACUUUGUCUGACGGCUGGGUAGGUGCAGACGCGGCGGCAAAGGUCAGCGACAGGAUGGUCAAGUUGCUCGUUGACAGCGGCGCCCAGGUGAUGUGCCACGAUACAGAGAAGCGCACUAGUGUUGCUAUCGCUUUAGAAGCUGCCAAAAAGCAGACAGGGAAUGACGCCGACAAGGCUCUUGCCGUGGCGGGCUUGCUCUUUGCGGCCUAUGAGAAGACCAAGGGAGCCGACGUGGCCAAGUGGGAUCGCGACUGGGCUGAGUCGAACAGCGAAUACCAGGCCAUUCGCAAUAAGCAAACACCAUCUGCAGCACCAAAGACCAAGGACUCGGUUGCGAAACCACCGGCGGGAGCUUCUAAGUCCGCAGCCAAGCUGGAUGCUCCGGAUACAGGUACAGUUGCUGCAACAGCAACGGCGGCGCAGGCAAAGCUGCAAAUUAAUGAGAAAGUUGGGUCGGCACCUGCAAAGCUUCAGCCUGCAAAUGGAACCACUGCGAUUGCGGCCAAGAACCCAGCCCCCUCAGCCCAGACUAAGGCUCAGACUGAGACACCCAGUGCAGCAACUGCGGGCACAAAUGGGGCUAUAACCGCGGCCAAGGCAAAAAAGGGCCCGGAAGCCAAUACCGCUGCUCCUCUAGCCGCAAAGCAGGUAGUCUCUCCGGACACAGUACCUAGGCAGCCCCUGUCAAAGGCUCCGGCUGGAGAGAAGGCAGCCGGGAUCGUGAAGGCUACGCUGGUAGUGACACAGGCUGUAAACCCUGCAAAGUCUGCCGUUGCUAAACCUGCGGCUGCUGCCGAUGCCUCAUCAGCAAAGGGAGCCGGUGAGACGAAACCCUCAGCGCAACCGAUACCACAGGCAAAGGGGCUUGCAGACAUCAAGUCAGCCCCAUUGGCCUUGGUGGCCACAAACCCUCCUCCUCCCACUGCCGCAAAGACAACCUCCUCUGGCCCCGUUCUCGUUGCCAAUGGACAGAAGCUUUUCGUCUCCCAAACCGCAGCUGCGGCAAUUGUUUCCCUGAAGCAAGCCCCUGGUCCGGUAGCCACCCCAAAGGCAAGCGCAAAGAGUGCUUUCGUAGGACAACCCUCCGAAAAGCAAACUGCGGCGCAACUACCCAAGACUGCAGCGCCGCAGAUGCCUGCAUCUGGGCCCGUUAAGCGAAAGCAUAUACAGCCUACAGCUGCUGCCAACCCAGCAUGUGCUUCCAGACCAGCUUCCUCACAACCGUACGUUGGAGCUCUGGCCCAGAAGCAGUCACAGCAACAGCCGGAGGGCAUACAAAAGUCAACAGGACAAAGACAGCCAUCGAAGCAGCAACAUCCCCCCGUGCCGCCUAAAGGAGGGGUUCUUCCAAAGCCGAUGCCGCCGCCGAAGCCAGCAUCAUCCUCCGCCAACGCCCUCCAAGAGCAAAAGCCGGGAGACUGGUUGCCGUCGUCCCCGCAAGUGCAAAAGGAGGCGGUUCCGGCACCUUUUGUACGGCCCGCUGCCGGUCCUACCACUAGGCCAUCCCAACAGUUGCAGUCAAACACGUUUCAACAGUCCAAGCCAGCACCAAAAGAACCGCCUCGACUGGCCCAGCAGCCCUCCAAAGAACAACACCAGCGGGCUCCGUUCUCGGACAUGUUUUCUUCUGGAAAGGAAAAGGAAAAGAAUGACAAGCCACCGCCGCCAACUUUGGUACAGGGCAAGGGCCUGGUCAACCGUGCCCCUUCGAUUCCACAGAAAUCGGAACCUCCCAAGCACUCAGUUGCGCUUUUUGCACCUAGAGAGGACCCUCAAAUCUCUCCAGUAUCACCUUUUCAAGGAGCAUCAGCUCAGAAUUAUCCCCUGUAUUCCCAAGUGCCAGCAAGCCAACAGCACAUCGUCAACUACGCUGCGCCUCAGUUUUAUAAGCAGCCGCAGCGAAGUCACCACGGAUACGCUCAAGAGGGCCAGUUCCCGUCAUCUUACCAACAACGCUAUUUUGGUGACGAACAUUCGCAAAAGUUGCACACUGAGUUUGAUCAAAGAAGUGGGAUUGGCCAGACGCGUUACAGCGAUUUGAGUCACUCUCAACAAGGCCGCGAUGUAAAUCUUAAUACCCAAGGCCAGUCCGGUAGGGACCCUAACACCCGCUCUGUUUUCAGGCCCGUGGUGCUUGCCGGUGGCGCUGGCCUGGCAGCAGGUGCCGGCACCGUCCUCGUGUACAACAUGAUGCAGUCUCAAAACAACGAGCCAGAGCAGUCUGAAAGGGCUAUAUCACCCAACUCUCGCACACGCUCAAGCUACAUGAAAUCUCAGUAUCCGACUGAGCAUAGCACGCAUGGGUCACAGUACCAGACAGAGCUGAGCACUUACGGAACCGAGAAUGAAUAUCAGCCAGUGGACGGCACGAACCACUUCUUCGUCGCGGCUGAUGAUCUCUAUCCAAGAUCUGUGCAAAAGCACGAGGGGCCACAUGAAGUCAAGGACAUUGAGAUCGAAAAGGAGGCGCAUGUCGCGUCUGAUUACAUCAGCAAAGGUCUCGCUCUAGACAUAGUUGACGACGUGCACAGCAUCCCGUCACCAGUAUCCUUUACUCCCUCCAGUCCCGCUUUUGACAGGCGGUCAAUCGACUUGGGAUUGGAGGGUGAUCUCGCAAGGGAGGACGACGACAGCCUUGAAUCUCAUGGGAGCCCUCAGAGCCUCUUUGAGCCGGAUGUUGGCACACAGCAAUUUGUUUGGCAGUCAAUACAACUGAAGGAGGAGCCCAAACAAACGGAAGAUGAGGAACUUGAAGUUCCGGACAGUUCUCUCUCAGAUAGGGGGCCCUCAUGUCCACCACUGUCCAUUGCACCAGUCAACUUGGCAGAAUAUCCAAAUGACGAUGGAGACGGGAGAAGAUCCGUCAUGUCUCGCCUCGGUAGCCACCCAUCAUCCCGCGGCUUUCCCCCGUCGAGUCCUGACUUCCCGGAAUCUGAGGACGAGAACUUGCCGGAUAAUUAUACAUUCAGUCGCCUUGCUGAACAUGAUGACGAUCUGCAAAACUUCGUCGGGCAAUCCGAUGAUCGCGCAAAGGAUGACGAGAAUAGUGCCAAGAGUCUACAGUCUUUUACGCUCAAUGCCAACGAGGCCGGAGACAACGAUGAAGACCACGACAAGGUGCACAAUACGGGCAUGCUUGAUGACGAAUUCGAUGGAAUGGUCUCAGAUGACGAGGCUCCAGAGCAAGGCCAUGUGCACAAGUACAAAGACGAGAUCGAGACUCCUGAAAACCGCUCUCUAUUCGGUGACGAUGGGCUCCAAAAUAAUGCUGGAAUACUAGAUCGCGAUGAAGGCAAUGAAGAAGACAGCAGGAGCUCUCAAGGGCAUGAUGAUCUAGAGGAUGCUGCCGGCAAUCACAUUGAUCGAUUGUCACAGGCCGGCCGGGAAUCUCGAGGUGGCAGCGAGUUCGGAGAUGGUCCCCAUGAGAGCCAUAUGCAAGACGGGAACUUGAGCCUCCAUGACGACGGAAUCAGCGACAGGGACGACGACGACAACUAUUCGCAGGGAGCACAUGACGAUAACCAUAGCGACCACUAUGAUGCUCAUGGCAUCGACGGGCAAGCGGAUAUGGCAGGGUAUGCAGUACCCGACAAGAGCCCUACAUUCUCUCAUCGACAGGAUCACGAGCAUGGCGAGGAGUACUACAUGAGCGCCGGCGGGGGGGAAUACCACCGUCAACCACUGCAAGGGGACCACCCUGACAUGCAUGACGGGAACGACGAUUACUAUUCCCACCAGACCGGAGAGGGGCAAUCGCAGGGCUGCCAUGAUCAACACCACCCUCGACAAUACCUCGGCUCUCAAUUCUCGCAGCACCUAGAUGUCGAGGAGGACGAAUACGACAGCCAGCAAGACCCUACGCAUUCUCGUCGGGCAGAUGUUCCCAUUACGAGCAUGAACAAGCGCCUCAAAACGGCGCUUGCAAUCCAGGCCGCGCAGGCGCCGGGCAAGAAGAGGAUGCUCAGGAUUACGGCCGUGGAGCACACGACGAUGACAGCUACGGGACAUCCCCGCAACACCAUGACCAAGCACAAGCUCACGCAGGACAUGUCUCAAACGAUGAAGGGCAAAGAUGAUGAUGAUUGUUGUGUCGAUGACACAAAUGACAUGCAGCCUGGUUUGGACAUUGAAGACGACAAAAUCCAAAGUGGGGAGUACAGCGACGAUGUCGGUCAAAUGGACUACGACGGAAAGCAGCGGGGAACUUUAGGGGGCGAUGAAGCUAGUGACUACUGA